GUAGUAUACACCAAAGUGAGAUUGAUUUCUUAAAUUAUUUCUUCAAUCGGAAGAAUGACACAUCACUGAUUACUUACUGUGCCUUUACAAGACGUGUGCAUGAGCAAAAGCAGAUGGUAAAGGGAGGCAAGUGCAGGUCUAGACUGGCUUUGCUAUUCACUGAUUCUUCUCCCUAAGAAAAGCUGUAUAUAGAAAUACAAAAAUAGUUUUAUAUGAUAAAUUUAAGAAAAUGCCUAAGUCAUUUGUGGAUAAAAGACCCAUAAAAUCACAAAGCUUUUAGUUUUCAGAUAUGCUGGAUAAAUUGAGAACAGCAUUAGUUUAAUUUAAUUUCAAUGGUUUCUGUAAUGAUUUCAGACCUUAUUUCUAAUACAAAACUAACAAAUCAGACUGGGUUUUAUUUAUCAGUUACGAAAAUUUUUUAAAGACGCAAUGAUGGGCAAGUAGAGGCUGAAAGAGGCGAAAAAGUUUUCGAAAAAGGAAUUUCCCUAUAAAACAUUUAUUAAAUAUUCUAAGUUAAAUAUCAGAAACUGUCCAAUUUUUACAAUACUUUUUCUACAUUUUAAUAAUCUUUUUUUCAUCUAGAUUACUGGCACUUAAGACUAUGCAGGGUAAAUUAUUUCACAGGAAAGGCUAAAAAAAAAAAAAGAUCAAUAGAUUUGUGAUGCAUUAGUUUUGAAUUUUUAUAAAAUCGAAUAAGAGAAAGGAGAAGACAAUAAAACCAAAAAAGGCUAUUCUUCCCACCUACCAACUGACACUGUAAGUCACCCAACCAAAAAACAAAAAUUAAAAAAAAAUAACUUUUUAGUAUAUCUGAAAGUUUGACAAAAGUGGCAUAAAAACAGAUCGUCUUAUAGUCACCAGGGAUUGAUGUUUGUCAUCUAUUAAUAGUAUCACAGCUUCACAAGGAAACCGCGCGACUGCUCCAGCUCAACAUGUAUCGCCCUUUUAGUUUCCUUGUUAUAGUUUCAUAAGUGUGUGGUGAUAGUAGAAUGUUAUUCACUGAGAACUUUCUGUGAUGGACUAGACAAGGCACAGAAAAUGUGGUCUACUGUAGGCGUUGUGUGUGUCUUGCUCAUGCACCAGGCAGUUUUUUUACGAGAAGAAGUGUGUACUGACUUGAAUUUUUACACUCUUACGAAUGAUGUUUUAUCAGUUGAUGAAAACGACUUUGUCAACGUGACAUUCUGGAUUAAGGAGUUGGCAUGUAACCAGACGAAUACUUUACAUAAAGUGACAGUUCAUACCCAGAUAAACACUGGUGUUCAUGAGUAUGACGGAAGGGUAACAUCCAGUGAGGGCAAUUGCUCUGGAAGACUGUCUAUUCAGUGCAUCAGUCUGACAGGUCCAGCAACGUUGUACAAACCAGUGAAUCGAUCUCAUGUGCAAAUCGAAUGGGAACUGUCGUCAACACCGUCUGAUGAUUUGAUAUCAAUACAGAAGAAGCUCAAUGUUUUUUAUCCACCUGCUGUCAAAAGUCUCACUGUAGACAAAAGUGAGGUCAGUGGUAAUUGUCUUAUUAAUGAUCUCCAAGAGGUUAGCAUCUCCUGCACCUUUCACCCAGGAAACCCACCUCGCAAAUUAUUUCUGUUUGAUAAAACUGGAAAUGAAAUAAAAGCUACUAGAGGAGAAGACUAUCUCAACCUGUCCCUUACACUCCGGUGUGAACACGACUGGCCCACAGUCCGAUGUGAAGGAAGUGGCUCGAAAACUAUUAAGUCUGUGUCUUUCCUUGUCAGAUGUCGUCCUCAGUUUAUUGACAGGUAUCCAACAGUUGUCUAUAGCGGAAGAGACUACCGUUGGACAUUUAAAAUAAAGGUCCACACUACCGUCGUAGAGAAAUGUCUUCUGACAUCGUCAUCUAGAAACAAUUCAAACAUCUUAGUGAACUGUACCCUGAUUGGUGACCUACCUUACCUGCUUUUGACUCUUGUCAUAUCUGAAAAUAAUAGUCUUAAAGGAGAAAAUUGGUCAUUAGGUCUACGUGUUGGAGGAGGUUUUUCAGAGACACUAAACUUCAGAACACAUGCAAGUGCACUACUGGAUUUUUACAACUUUAAGGGAAACACCCUUUUUGUUGAGGAAAACAACUACGUCAACCUGACGUUCUGGCUGAACACAUCAGCCUGUAAUCAGUCUGACAUGGUCUAUAGAAUUAAGGUACAAACCUUGACGAACGUGGGUAACGUGGAAUACGAUGGAAGAAUCAUUCAGGUGGGCAACAGCUGCACUGAAGUAACAAGAGUAUUUGCUGGAUGCCUCACUCCGGAAGGUCCAGGAAGAUUGUACAAGAUAAUGAACCAAUCACACGUGGAAACUGAGUGGACGUGGACAUGGAAAGACAUAGACUCAGAUGAGUUAGCAACCGCCAGUAAACGGCUAAAUCUUCAGCCUGCCCAUCCUCCUGAGUUUGUUGACAAAUAUGUAAAGAUCUUCGCUUCUUCAAGAAUCGACGAAGUAAGAAUUCGUGUCAAGGCUCACACAACAGCAAUCAGCGGAUGCGAUUUGAUCCCACUGUCCUCAGAAGACAAUAUUACAAGAGAAGUGACAUGUUUCCUAACUGGUAGCCCGCCUAAUCUUGUCCUGAGUUUUCACCUUGAAAAGGAAAGCAACAGUAUUCUAGGAAUCUGGAUGCUAACUCUUCGGAACUCAAAAGGCUCUGCGCAUACAACAUUACAUGUUAUCGAAAAUUUAGCCUGGUCCUUAGCAGUGGCUGAAGCACUAAGUCAAUGUGCACUUCUAAUGGGUGGAAUGCAGAUGGCUUAAUAGACGGAGACCUAGAUUUCUCAAACACAAGAACGACCCAUGAAGCCAUCACAGAAGUAUGGGGGAAACAGAAAUGCCGCCAUCCACUUCACUGCCAUGAUUACAGGCAAACGACUGACAGAAUUGGCGUUCACAAAAGUGCUUCUUCAAGAUGAAUGUGCGAAGACUUUAAUUAAAUAGCAAUUAAUUUACUAGGAGUUUACAACAAAGUUAGUCAUAAAAAUGAUUAAUUGUAAUCAAUAUAUGAGCUCAUGAACCUGAAACUACAUCAAUGGGUGAAUAAAUUUUUAAGGAGAUUCAUAUAAUAAUA